AUGGAAGAUGGAUAUUAUGACGCGCGCGAAAUUAAUGGCUUGAGCGAGCCAACGAUAUCAGAGUAUCCACAAAUGCGGUUCAAUAAACAAUUGCAGGCACAAAGGCAGCAACAACAACAGCAGCGACAGCAGCAGAACUCAUUGCUGACCACUCAUAAUUUACCAAAAAGUAGUUUUAGAGGUAACAUCAAAUACUCACAGAAAAACAGCAACAACAACAAUAACAGCAAUUCUAAGUAUAAUCGUAGUAAUAGUAACAAAAACACAAACAACAACUAUCAAUAUAACAAAAGUAGUAGCAACAAUAGAGAUAAGAAUAAUCAAAAUAAUUUUGGUUUUAGUAUAUCAAGCCAAAAUAACGGUUCAAAUGAUCGCAACUUCAGUAGUCGCAAUCAGAACAAUCACAACAAUAGCCACAGCGACAACAAUAGUUCACAGGGUAAACAAAAUAAAAAUAAAAGUUCGCCAACCAAUGCCAAUAAUCUGGAUAACGAUGAACUUAAAGACUACAAGAGUAAAAUCAAAAACAAAUACAACAUCGACUACGAUCAUUCGCUGGAUGAGGAAUAUGAAAUAAUCGAGGCCAUCGAAUGA